UUUGACAGUGUUGACAUACUUGGGGGAGGGGUAUUUGGUGUGUGUUUUUUAGUAUUUCUGUUGUGUUGAUAAACAUCUGUAACCAAAUUACGGGAAGAGAAUUGCAAUCAAGAUGGAUCCUGCGCUGCUGAGGGAACGAGAAUUGUUCAAAAAAAGAGCGUUAUCAACGCCUACGGUUGAGAAGAAAAAGAAAGAUGAAAAUUCUUCAGCACCCAGAGAUGACUCUAAAAAGAAAGCAAAAGUACCAUCUAAUGUCUCAGCAGCGCCAAAGCUGGAUGUUGUCAAUUAUAAAACCAUGACUGGAAGUUCUCAGUACAAAUUUGGCGUACUGGCAAAAAUUGUCAGGCACAUGAAAUCCAGACAUCAGGAAGGUGAUGAUCACCCAUUAACUCUUGAUGAAAUUUUAGAUGAGACAAACCAGCUAGAUGUUGGGUCAAAAGUGAAACAGUGGUUGCUCUCGGAGGCUCUUAUUAGCAAUCCGAAAAUUGAAGUCACAGAGGAGGGGAAGUUUAUUUUUAAGCCACCAUAUAAAAUUAAAGACAAGAAAAGUUUAUUAAGGCUGCUGAGAAAUAAUGAUCUCAAAGGUCUUGGAGGAAUUUUACUAGAAGAUGUACAAGAGUCCCUACCACACUGUGACAAAGCUUUAAAGAGUUUGCAGAAUGAGAUAAUAUAUAUUACGCGGCCCAUUGACAAGAAAAAGAUUGUAUUCUUUAAUGAUAAAUCAGACACACUACCUGUAGACGAGGAAUUUCAGAAGUUGUGGCGCUCUGUGGCUGUUGAGAGUAUGGAUGACCAAAAAAUUGAGGAAUAUUUGGAGAAACAGGGUAUCAGGUCAAUGCAAGAUCAUGGACCAAAGAAAAUACUGCAUCAUAAACGAAAGAAACCAAACCAGCGAAAGAAAGUUUUCAAGAAGCCACGUGAUAAUGAACAUUUGGCGGAUGUUCUUGAAACUUAUGAAGAUAAAUGAAACUACUGGUUAAGAAGUGCAGUUGGUACAGUACUUCUCAUGGAAACAACACGACAGUUCAGUCCUUGGGAAGAGCACUGUCACUUUUUCCCCGAGAAUAAGCACGUAGUCCAAGACCUGUACUUUUUCCACCAAGGACUCUGUCCAGUAGUGACUGCUUACUGCGCCGUCGCAGACCAAGGACUUCACGACACACCUCAUGGAAUGCAUCUGCUACUUGGGUUACUUGCUCUGCUGCUGUCACUUCACCAAACCAGCAUUCAAAGUCCUUUGCCAGGAUUUCACCUGUGUUGGAUAAAGACUGAUAAAUUCAAGAAACUGGAAUUAUUGUUUGGUUUAAAUUUAUAUAUGUUCUGUGUGCAUUGGAAUAUGUUAAUAAUAAUAAUAAUAAUAAUAAUAAUAAUAAUAAUAAU